ACCAAACGCUUUUCAUUCGUCGUGAGUGCUGUGUUCGCGGUGCCAGCGCUGAAAUUUUUUAUAUUAUUCUUAAGCACAAUUCAUUUUUUGCAAAGCACUGCGAAAUAAUACUUAGUCAAUAAAAUCAAAAAAUAUAUAUUCUGAGCGGGCGCGCAUUAAGUCAAUUGAUCAAGCGAGCGCCACAAUCAGUUUUGCUUCUUCACCACAAGUGUUCAACAAAAAAUUAAACGCGAAUGCGGCAAAAAAAAUUGGGGAAACGAAAAGAAAAACGCCAAACGAAAUUGAAAGAAUUGCAAAGCAAAUAAUCAAAAUCCAAACGAAAUUAAAUUAGUGAGUUUUACAAGUGUUAAAUAAGCAUAUAAGUAUUUCAUUAAUUAAUUAAUAAACAGCAAAAAACACUCAAACGAGAUUCGAGUUUUUAUCCUCCGCCGAUCCCCCGACGAGGGUGGAAAACCGUGAAAAGUCUAUUCAAGUGUGUGCGUGUGUGUGUGUGUGAGUGUGUGUAUCAAAACCAAAAAAAAUCAAAAGAAAAUUGUGCGUCUGUGUAAACUAUGUGAAAAGCGAAAUGUCUAAGCAACAAUUAAAGGCUUUUCCUGUUCAUCUGCUUCUUCUUCAUACUCGGGAUGCGAGCCUCGAAAUCCAGUUUUAAGCGAGGCGUGUCAGGAUUCAAACUGUAUCGACAGAGGCCAAAUUGCUUGCGCCCUUUGCUUGCAUACAACAAUAACAACAACAACAAAAACAACGAGAAGAAGCUGCUGGUUAUUCCUGUUUGACUUCAUUUUCACUCGUUACUACUUUCGCCACAAAACAACAAUAAUAACAACAGCUUUUUUGGGCCAGCCAAAAUGUCGACGCGCUCGCAAUUAACCAAGGACCUAAAUGAAAGCGUCAAGUCCAUACUGGGUCGCCACACAAAGAUCUUGGUCAAGUAUAUGGUCAAAUUGGAAACGAAAGGCGAUAAAACGGAGAAUCGUGUCUUGGUCUUUACGCCCGUUCGCAUUUACUUGCUCAGCGCCAAAGUGCCCACAAAGAUCGAAUGCCAUUUCCAUUAUCUGGACAUUGUGGGCGUCGAGAGCAAAAAGUCAACGCAUUUUUCAAUCAUAACCAACGAUCGGCCAUAUUCGUUUGCCACAACCGGCGAUGCGGGCAAUUUCAGCUCGAACGCUGAUGUCAUUCUAACCGAUUUAGCCUCGGCCAUCAAGCAAAUAUUUCCAACAGUUCCUCUCAAAUACAUCAUCAAAAAGAUCGAUAUCCAACCGCCGGAGCGAGAGACAAUCUUCUCGGAGGAGUUUCGUCCGUCGGAUCCACGCAAUGUGGGACCCUGCGGCGGUUUCAGUGCCCAAUAUGCCUGCAUGUGCGACUUCCAUGGCGUGCCAUACCGCGAGGAGGUCGCUUGGGAUGUGGACACGAUUUAUUUGUCGCACGACACGCGGCUGCUCAACCUGCGCGACUUUGAUCACCUGGAACCCAAAGACUUGAUGGCCAUUGUGUCAGCCCUGGAGUAUAAUACGUUUUUUCGCGGUCUGAAGGCGGCGCACAUGCGUCUGUCCAACGAGACCUUGGAACGCGUUCUGCACGUGCUCAAGCGCUCUAUGUGGCUGGAGGAGCUGCAUCUGGAGGCCCUAGGUUUAAGAUGCGAUUUUCUGAAUAAGCUAUCGUUAUCUGUGAUCUCGAACAGCAGUCCGGCGAUUCGUACCAUCGAUCUGAGUCACAACAUCAUCGAGGAUAAAGGAGCAAGCUCAUUGUGCGCCCUACUUGGAAAAAUUGUACAAGGCGCUAUACAUUUAUCGGGGCCAAUUGCCAAGGUCUCUAAGGGUCUCUGCAAAUUGGCUCUGGCUCAUUGUGGUCUUACCUCGAAGGGAGUUAAUCAGAUGUCUCACUCGCUGUCGCUCAAUCAAAGUAUUUCCAAUUCGCUCACGUAUCUUGAUCUGAGCGGCAACAGCCUCAAGGAUGAUAUAACCAAUUUGCACAAUUUUCUGGCUCAACCCAAUGUGCUGGAGCAUCUGGAUCUGGCAUCGACUGAUAUUACGCUGGAAAAUUUGUUUGGAGCUCUGCUGCGCGGCUGUGCCACGCAUUUGGAGCAUCUAAAUGUCUCGCACAACUCGUUCAGCACGAAGAAGGGCAAGGAGAUACCGCCCUCGUUCAAGCAAUUCUUCACGAGCACACUGAGCCUCAAGCAUCUCAACAUUGCCGGCUGCAAGCUGCCAAUGGAGGCGCUGAAGAAUCUGCUGCUCGGUCUGGCCUGCAAUGAGUCGACUGUCGGACUGCAUCUCGAUCUCAGCAGCAAUACGUUGGGCACCCAAGGCGCCCACGUGCUCGAGUCCUGCAUUCAUGGCGUGCGCGUGCUGCAGAGUCUCGACAUCAGCGAUAACAAUUUGGAUGCGGAACUGGCGCCUGUGUUAACGGCCAUCUCGAAGAAUCCCUCAAUUCGCACGCUGCACUUAACGCGUAGCUUGACGGGUAUGAAACCCAAGCACAUUCCACCCGUCAUGGAAGCGCUGGUCAAUCUCAUACAGAAGGACGACUUUCCGCUGGUCGAGUUGGUGCUGUCGGAGAACAAGCUGAAGCACGAUUUGCACGACUUCAUCAAUGCGCUCGGCAGCAAUCAGAGCUUGCAGAAGCUCGACAUCAGUGGCAACUACAUGGGCGAUGUGGGUGCUCGUCUCCUGGCCAAAGCACUGCAGAUCAACAAUCGUCUGCGGACUAUUUACUUGGACAAGAACAGCGUUACGCUGCAGGGAUAUGCGGAUAUUGUUUAUGCCUUGGAGCACAAUCACAGCAUGCGCACGAUUCCGUUUCCAGUGUUCGAUAUUGCGCCGCACCUGAAGAAUCACCCCGAUAAAACGGAUGCAGUGAUGAGGAAAAUGCAGGAGUUGCUACAGCGUAAUUGCAACGGGCUGAAACGUGCCAACGGUCAAGGAUUCAGACUACAGCAUGGCUUCAUGUUGUCCUCCACUCACCAAUUGGUGGAUAAACUUGUGGCCGAGACACAGGACACCAUCUCCAUAGCCAAGGGAGUCGGUGAUAAUGUGUCCGCUGUGCAGCGUCUCAUCACAGAUGCAGAGAACUGCAAGCAACUAAUGCCCAAGCUGCAGGAGGCGGUGCGCAGUGAUGCGCAUCCCAUUGAGAUGAAGUUGACCCGCGUCGCCAGCGAGUUGAGCUAUGCCAUCAAAGGAUAUCUGGAGGAGACGCUGGAGACCAUGAUACGCACCGGCAUCGAACAAUGUCCCAAAACGUUGGGCAAUCAAAUUGUAAUUCAAGAUUUGCGCAAAGCUCUCAAUGAGCGACUCCAAAUACCCGAAGAUUUUCUGCAGAAUUGCCUGCUGAAUAAUGCCGGCAGCGAGAUAAUGAAUAAAGUGGGUGAGAUUGAACAAUCGCUAGCGGCAGCAAUUUCGGAUCGGGCCACAGAUGAGGUGCUCGAGGCGUUGACACGCUAUCGUCGUGGGCUGGGAAUCGCCGAGUCGCCGUCGGUGCUUCUCGACGAGCCGCAAACGCCGGACAUUGUGCGCAGCCGUUCCAGUCAUGAAGCUGAGGGAUUGAUCAUACGACCCGGUGGACGUGGCUCCGUUUUGCCCAAAUUGGGUCUGGAAUCGCCCACUAAAUUGGAAUAUCUGAACCUUGCCACACCGCAUUUGCCCACAAAGCGACGCUCGGUUGCCCGCAAAGUGCGUCCCCAGUCGGUGGUCGAGAAUCUCAGCCUGAGUCACAUACCCGAUCUGCUGGAAUCACCCUCCUCGCAUCGAUCCAGUUCCCAGCUGUCGUCACGCGGCGCAGCCUCCGCGACAGGCGCCUCGAGUGCCAUGAAUGCCAAUCACAUGAGCGACAGCAUUGCGGCCAUUGACGAUGGCGGUGUUGACGAGUGCUGCGAUUCCAUUACCGAGCUGCCCAGCGCCUCAUUUCAGCUGCAGCAUCUGGUCAAGGGGCGGCCUAAGCGCGCCAAGACGCGUGCUCCCACACGACCGCUGGUCAGCGCCGAGUGCGUUGUUGGCGUCUCACGGGACAUUGGCGAUGGACUGGAGCACUUUUUCCGACCCGGUUCGGUUACGCCCACAACGCUGACGCCGCUCGUCUCGCCCACGUCCGAGGAGUGCAGUUCGUUAUCCUUCGUGGACAGCCCAACGAUGAGUCGCGAUGGCAACGGACACAUGACGUCCGAGGAAACCACACCCAUACUGGAGGAACGACGACCCAUCAAACUGGAGCGUCAGUCGCCUUUGCUCAAAAGCGCCUCGUGGGCGACACGUUCGCGCUCCACGGACAAUCUAGAGAAGUAUUCACCACUGGUGGGCCGCAAGUCGCCACUCGUCAAGAUGCGCACCGAAGGUGGUGCAGGGAAUGAGGAGAUUGCAGCAGCGACUGCUGUGUCCAAUAGUGGACUGCUCAAAGCGGCCAAUCGCGAUGAUAAAAUGCGUUCGCCAAGCAGCGAUUCGAUUAAGAGUCAUGUCGUCGAUGGCAGCAACAUUGUGGUCAAGACGGGCAACGGCAUCUUGCGCACGCCAAUUGCGCUGCAGAAGCCGCGUCCCUGGUCGGUGGUGGGCAGCGAGCCAAAGAGCGAACAGCUGACGGGCAACGGCAGCGUGGACUCGACCAAGACCACACCCGAUGUGCUCGAUGAAGAUGUGGAAGUUUUGCACUUUGGUCAAAGCGUCAGCGGCUCCAUUGUGGGCAUCACACCAGGCAUUGCCUUGGCUGCGGGCGGCAGCGGUGGUGGCAGCAUUGUGGGCAUAACGCCAGGUGCCGCGUUAGAGAAGAAAUCGGUGCGAGAAUUGGCAGCGGGACUCAGCCGUCUAGACCUACCCCUCAAGCCGCCCAUAAUGCCCAGAACGAUGCUGAACCAAGUCAAUCGUUCGAGCAACAUAAGUAACAGCAGCAACCUAAGCAACAACAGCAACAACAGCAGCAACAGCACAACGACCACAACAACAACGACAACAACAACAGUAUUAAACAAUCAGACGCGCUCGAAGAUCAUCAGCACAAGCAGCACAAACAACGAGACGCAGGAGACGCUCAGCAAGACCAUCAUCACAGAGCACGGAAGCAGCAGCAGCACCACCAACAAAAGCACAGAGCAUGCAAUGGCCUGCGCAAGUCUGAUCAGCAAUGAGAUACUGAGCAUGCGCAAUGGGCAGGUUGCCUCCAAGAGCGGCAGCUGUGCUGAGAGCAAUGUGAAGCGCAUUGCUGGCAAAGAGAUCUCAACGUUAUUUGAGGAGACAUUAGUUGAAGGCCUGCAACGCAUUUCGACGAGACGCACGUUUAGAGAUUCGCCCUAUACGAAAGAGGAUGUCGUUGAUUUAUAAAAACAAGAAAAAAAAAAAACAAUGUCUAUUAUAUAUGCUCAACUCAACAUUCCUUUAAGCCACCCAAAAAAAAAAAAAAAAAAAACAA